GAAACACAUUUCUGUAGCUGAGGGUCCCGACCACGUGAUGGAUACAGAGCGCGCUGAAUUCAGUAGAGGGAGGGACUUCGGUCAUUCCGCGGGAUUCACAUUGGUUAACAAAUACAGUACUGUGUCAGCAAGCAAAACGCUUUUCGUGAUUACAAAUAAUAUUUGUGCCAGAGAAACUAUGCUGACGUCGAAGCUGCUGACCCUGGUUCUGGUGGUGCAGCCUGGGCGGGUGCUUCUGGGGAUGAAGAAGAGAGGCUUUGGGGUCGGUCGAUGGAACGGGUUCGGGGGUAAAGUGCAACCAGGAGAAACCAUCGAGGAGGCAGCAAGGAGGGAGCUGCUGGAGGAGAGCAGCCUAACAGUUGACACACUGGAGAAGAUUGGACAGAUUAAAUUUGAGUUUGCGGGAGAAACCGAGGUGCUUGACGUUCACAUUUUUAGAGCUGACAGUUUCCAUGGACAGCCAGCGGAAUCAGAUGAGAUGCUGCCACAGUGGUUUGAUUGUGAUAAAAUCCCCUUCCAUCAGAUGUGGCCGGAUGAUGCUGACUGGUUUCCUUUGAUGCUGCAGAAGAAGAAAUUCUUGGGCUAUUAUAAGUUCCAGGGCCAUGACAUCAUCCUUGAGAAAAAACUUGAGGAAGUUAAUAAACUUUAAAGAAACACAGGAUAGAGUGCAGAAUUUAAAGGUUGCAUUCAGUGUUGGGCAGCAUCCAUUUGGGAUGGCUAUCACCCUCGGUUUGAACCAGCAUCUGAAAGAUGUAAGACAUUUCAGGCUAAGCCAUUGCAGAUAGUAUCGUUAGUUUUUGCUGCAUCUUUUUUUGUUUUUUGUUUUGUUGCAUACAGUAGGGAAUUGAGGAAACAUCCUCGACAUCUGUUAGCUGUGAUGCUAGUUAUGACUCCAGAUUUAAAACAC